AGGUGACAUAACUAUUCAAUCUAUCCGACAGUAAUGAGUAUUCUGGCGGAAGAAUACAAUAGCAACAGUAAAUACUCGGGGAAUAAGCGCGGGCUCUGGUAAUCAGAUCAUGCGCUAUACCGGACCCAUUCAUUGUUUCCAAAUAAUAGAUUACAGAAAUUUUAAACUAUUCAGUGCUAAAAGGGGCGUUUAAAUGGCUUUGUCUUAUUGCAAAAGCUGUUUCAAUACAAUAGCAGCGGUUUGUUUAUUUUAUUUUGGAAUUAUUUGAAAUUCUUGUAUUGUGUGUAUGCAGAGGAGAACAUUAAAAAAUAACAAUUUAUCAGAAGGGAUGGUAUUGAACUGAUAUGAUACACUGAGAAUGUUUUAAUGGAAAAACUUUUAAAUUCGAUUAAUUAAUCAUUUCAAAGCCUCCAUGCACUGUGUUACUUAAAAUCGUUACAUAGACCUCAAUGAAUGUGAUUAAGAAUUUCACUUAAACUUCGAGCGUGGAAUAGGAUGGACACGAGAUAAUUUUCAAUUUGGACAUUCUGGAAUGAUAAAUGUAUGGAUUGAAUCAUGGUCUAUAUUCAAGUGUCUUCAGUUUGCAUAGUUUGAAAUUUGUAGGCGAUAAAGUGAGAUAUUAGCAAUGGCUUUCCUCUGUCCAAGUCGAGUUGGCCGAGGCACUAAAGAGAAGAAAAGGAAAGUGACUUCGUCUCCCAUCUUCGGUAGGAUCACAGGGAGUGACAGUGUGGAUACCCUUGUCAGAGUUGGUUUGGAGAAACAGCACGGACUACCUCCAAAUGCCAAAAUGGUGGUCCUGCAGGAUUUUACACCUCAGGCUGAGAGAGAAAUGGAAGUCAAACGAGGACAAGAAGUAUUCCAGCUUUAUAAAGACAAAGAUUGGAGCUAUGUCAUCACAGUGGAUGGAAGGGAGGGGUUUAUCCCGGAAUCGUAUUGUUUGGGAGUGUCCAACUCACCUAGCAUACAAUCCAAACCUAAAUCCAAAGAUUUGCCGUGGAAUUCUGGCGAAUACAAAUCUUUUGAUUCCUUCGAUUCGGAUUCCUUCUUUUCAUGUACAGAUGAUUAUGUAAACGACGUCACAGACAAUGCACAAAACUCUUCUGCUCUUAACCCAAUAAAUGUUGUGGAUUACCAGAAUGUCUCUGUUACACCGGAAGUAAGACCAUUCAGAAAGACCUCACACGGACACUUCAUUGUGCUUUUUGACUUCACAGCCCAGGAUGAGAACGAUGUAUCUGUGGAACGGGCCGAACUUAUCGAUGUUCUCAACAUAGAAGAUCCAGACUGGUCCUGGAUUCGUCGAGGGAACGGGGAAGAAGGAUUUGUUCCGAAGUCUUAUAUAUGUCCAGUGGAACCACUCAAAGCUCAAGAAAAAAUGUUGGCGCUUCAGAAUAAACAGAAGCGAACAAGCACUCCGACAAUACGUCAACCACUCCUUUCAAAUCUCUCGCCAAGACGGUAUUCUCAGUCAAGUGAACCUCCAGCUCUCCCUCAACGAAAUCCUCUACGAACUGCGGUGUUGAGAAGCCGCUACAACGAACUUGACCAAGAGUCAAAUUACUCGGACACACAGAAAGAACAACAUAGGUCAAACUCAGCAAACAAACAGAAUGUCGACAAAUUCUCGGUUUUAAGGUCCCCAUUGGCAACAUCAUCCGGGGUCAAAAGGUCUAAUUCUCCUUCAAGAGUUUCUAGAAGUUCGGAAACAAUUUAUCAAGGGGAUAAUUCCACACAUUCGCCACCUCUGAUUGUCUACGACAAACCAUUUUCCCAAAGAGUAUCAAAUCGUGCAGCCUCUCCACAAUCAGUACCCAUGUACUCAGAGCCAGCCAAUCAGAACACGCGACAGCGUGCGCGGUCUGCUUCGCCAGCCUCUUCUGUUGGUUACGAGAAUGAGCGUCCAAAAUCAGCUUUAGGUACUAACACCAAUGUAAACUUCAGUGUUAAUAAAAGUUCAGUUCUUUCGUUAUCUGACCAAAAUCUGUAUAAGAGGAAUAAGCAAAGUGAUGAGGGUACCAACAAAUACAAUUCAUUCCAAAAUUUGUCGUCGGGAACUUACAGUGUAGCUAAGGAUGAACAUUCUGGUAUGGACAUCAGCAACUUACAGAGUAUAGGAAUAACUAACCAAUCCAAUUCAUUAGCACAUUAUAAUAACAUCAAUGCAGGAAUAACUAAUCAAUCCAGUUCCUUGACACAUUAUAGUAAUGUAGAUGACAUUCAGACAGGGUCUUCACUUGAUGCAAGACAUACGACGAAUGGGAACCUCCAAACAUUCAGCAAAGGGGGCUCUGAACUGGUGAUGAUGUAUAGUUAUAAUGAUGAGAAUAGAGGAGGACUGAAUGUAAAGCGGGGAGAACUUAUUUAUGCCAAUGGAGCGGACCAACAAGGGACAGACUGGCUGUGGGUGUUCUACCCUCAAACUAAUCAGUACGGAUAUGUCCCCAGGAAUUAUGUCAAAUCCACACAGCUAAAAACUACUCUAUGAUCAUUAAAUAAAUGUUAAGUUUUAUGGAAUCUUUAUAAAAUUUUGAAAUAUUCUAAUAAAUGAUAUCACUGAGAA